AAUCCCCAGGUGGACAGGUAUGACGUCAUUUCCCCAGUUAUGUCGGUCGCACAUGGUGUUGUCAGAAGCAUGCACUAGCAUGACAAUCGAAUGGGAUGCAGAUGGUGAAGUCUGCAUUUCGAGGAUCGCAGAAGCAUCAUCUGUCCCACCCUCUGAGAUGUUGCUAAAGUCAACCGCGACCAGAAGAAGCUCCCCCCUGCCAUUAAAAAAAUUAAAAUAAAAUAGAAACAUUUUCUUUGCUGAACAUGAUGUAGCCUUGGGACCCAGUUUAAAAUUUCAGUCCGCUUUUUUCAUAAUAUUUUUGCCAGUCGUGAUUUUAUUUAUUUAUUUAUUUUAUAGUGUGACGCUAUACAGGAGUCCGUCAUUCAGCAGUGCCGUACACGACGGUUCACGUUUUAUGUCCUUGCUCACGGGACCGAUGGAAGACGGGGGACUACCUAUUUGACCUUUGACUAGCUGCAAACGGCAAAUCAAAGAUCACUGUUUCAGAAAUCAGUGGGACUCGCUGCUGUCACGCAACUGAAGACCUCGGGCUCAAGGAUAAUGAAAGAAAGCGUCCAAAGAGCUGGUCGACAGUAGCGGUGACUUCAAUAACGGGGGGAGAGGCGGCAACACGCACGGAGCCAGCGCAACAGCGGCAGACCUAGCGACGGAGGCAGGCCCGGGGAGACCGGAGGACUACAGAACCAUGGACAGCUCAGAUAUGGAUGCCAACUACGGCGGGGGUCUCCUGGAUAUGGUGAAGGGUGGAGCUGGAAAGCUGUUCACCAGCUUCAAAGACAAUCUCAAAGACACACUGAAGGACACCUCCACUAAAGUCAUGAACCAAGUCGCAACUUACACAAAAGGAGAGCUGGACAUUUCCUACAUCACCUCACGAAUUAUAGUGAUGUCAUACCCCGCCGAGGCCAUUGAACUGGGCUACAGGAAUCACGUGGAGGACGUGCGCUCCUUUCUGGACUCCCGCCACAUGGACCACUACACCGUCUUCAAUUUGUCCCAGAGGAACUAUCGCGGCGCCAAAUUCUCCAACAGGGUGUCAGAGUGCAACUGGCCAGCCCGACAAGCCCCCAGCCUCCACAACCUGUUUGCUGUCUGCAAGAACAUGCACAACUGGCUCCAACAGAACCCCAAGAAUGUCUGUGUGAUCACUUGCAUGCAAGAUGGCAGAGCCCCUGCAGGUGUCCUGGUUUGUGCCAUGUUCUGCUUCUGUCACCUGUUCUGUAAUCCAGUCCCAGCCAUCCAACUGCUCAGCGCCAAGAGGCCCGGGUUAGGCUUGUGGCCCUCACACAGGAGGUACGUUGGCUACAUGUGCAGCAUGGUGUCAGAGAAGCCCACCCUGCCCCACACCAAGCCCCUGGUCAUCAAGGCGGUCACUGUGAGCCCUGUGCCCAUCUUCAACAAGCAGCGCACUGGCUGUCGACCCUUCUGCGAUGUCCUCAUUGGAGAGACGAAGAUCUUCUCUACAGCGCAGGAGUAUGAGAGGAUGAGGGAGCAUCGGGUCCAGGAGGGGAAGGUAGUGUUCCCUCUGGGUGUGAGCGCUCACGGGGAUGUGGUGGUCUCUGUCUACCACAUGAGGUCAACCAUCGGAGGCCGGCUGCAGGCAAAGACCUCCAACAUGCAAAUAUUCCAGAUUCAGUUUCACACUGGGUUCAUUUCUCCCGGGACCACAGUCUUAAAGUUCGUGAAGCCGGAGUUGGAUGCCUGUGACUCCCCAGAGAAAUACCCUCAGCUAUUCCAUGUGCAGCUGGACAUUGAGGUGGAGGCAGCAGACAGACAGAAGGACUUAACCCCACCCUGGGAGCAGUUCCCCAGCAAGGACAUCAAUCCCAGCAUCCUCUUUUCCUGCCACGAAGAACACCAGAGUGCACUUGCCAUUGCCGAUUCUGGCAGGACCCCUGGUGGGCCAGAACAACAGCCAACCCCAGGCCCCCAUGAGGGCGAGUCUUUGGAUGACGGGCAGCAGGGUGGCAGCAGUGCUGAGAAGCCUGGUGGGCCCCAGGCCACGCCCCCUGAUGACAAGAAGUCAGAGGCCCCACCCACUGUGGAACCACCCCCAGCUGAAGAAGUGGACCUCCUGGGCUUGGAUGGGGAGGCUGGUCGCCAGACCUCCUCCGCGCCCCAGCCCCCCCCCUUCAACACCGACCUGCUGGGAGACCUGUUUGGCUCCACCCCCCACCCUGGCAGCAGCCCUGCUUCUGCUCAGUCUACCCCCCAAAAAUUUGCCCCACCCCACUCUCCCUGUGUCUCCACUCUCCCUGCAGAUGAUUUUGAUCCCUUUGGCUCUGGUCCCAAACAGCAGGAGUCAGCAGGCUCGUUCUUGGGGCCAGGUGGGGCUUCUCCGGUGCCCUCCGCCACCCCCACCGUCAACAUUCAGCAGCAGAACCUGAUGGGAGGGUGGGAAUCCAAUAAUCCGCCAGCUGCAGGUGGAUGGGGAGGGAGUAGAUCGGCCGCCACCAGCCCCACGGGAUCGGCCCAUAACACUCCCACGCACCAGGCCAAACCGAGCACCCUGGACCCCUUUGCGGACCUCGGGAAUUUGGGAGGAGGCUCGGGGUUCUCCAGCAAGCCAACCACCCCCACGGGUUCUGGGGGCGCCAUCCCUCCCUCUCCACAGAGGUCCCCCCAGCAUAUGGGGGGAGGGGCAUGGCAGACAGGCGGGGGCUUCCCCUCCUGGCAGCAGGGUGGGGGGGUGCAGUGGCAGCCCCAGCAGCAGCAGGGUAAAGGGGGCCCCCCACCCUCCUCCCCACAACAUCGCCCCAACUACAACAUCGGCUUCUCCACCAUGGGGGGGGCUGCCAACGCCAGCACUAAACCUGGUGGGGGGACCAAACCUAAGGUGGCAGAGGCCAGCUUUGAUGACCUGCUGUCUGGACAAGGCUUCUCUGGUGGCAAAGAGAAGAAGGGACCGCGGACAAUAGCAGAGAUGAGGAAGGAGGAGAUGGCAAAGGAGAUGGACCCUGAGAAGAUAAAGAUCCUGGACUGGAUCGAGGGGAAAGAGAGGAACAUCCGCGCCCUGCUGUCCACCAUGCACACGGUGCUGUGGGAGGGGGAGACCCGGUGGAAGCCUGUGGGAAUGGCUGACCUGGUCACUCCGGAGCAGGUCAAGAAGGUCUAUCGCAAGGCUGUGCUGGUGGUUCACCCAGACAAGGCCACAGGACAACCCUAUGAACAGUAUGCCAAGAUGAUUUUCAUGGAACUAAAUGACGCCUGGUCAGAGUUUGACAGUCAAGGACAAAAGCCAUUGUACUGAAAUUUGGGGAAGUUCCUACCAACAGGGGGUCUCUCUCCGUAACCCGCAGUCCCCCCGUCCCCAUCCCUGUGUGUACAAACCUCCCAUCUGUGCUGUGACUCCCUCUCCUUUACAAAAAAAGAACAGUUGCUGUGAAAAGCACUUUCCCUUUCCAUAGUUACCAUAGAAAUACCAUAGAAAUGUGCUGAUUUAACUAUGUAGAUGUGUAAACCUAAGACUCAGCUGCUGAACUGAGGCUUGUGGCCUGACUCGGAGAGUCUGUGUUGAAUGCUCUCUUGGGAUCUGAAAGGACAUAAAGUGAAUCAGGGUGUUUUUUCAGACAUUGGUCUUGUGGUGAAUGUUCCUAUGGUUUUGAUUGAAUUGACCCAAUGUUUUAGAUUUGUAUAGAACAGCUGUGCUUCCAGGUAAAAAUGUUGACAAAUAUCGUUGGUUUUUUGCCUUUGAGGUUUGAGGUUGGUAGGGAAGUAUCAAGUGAUACGAUAGAUAUUGUAAAAUUAAUCUUCAUCUAGGUCUACAAGAAUCUGAGUUCUUAGAGAAAGGUUUGGCAAGGCUUAAAAAAAAAAAAAAACAUUCUCAUCAGUUUGCCCUACCAGCAUUUUUGUAUAAGUAAGCAUUUCAAAAUAAUAUAGCUUUCCGUAUGGUUUACGGACAAGUGAUCACAUGAUCAUGUGAUAGCAUGACCCAACAAUCAACACAUGAACCAUAGCUGGUCCUCUCAUAUAAGGCAAUGAAGCUCAGAUACUUUUCUUUUAUUCAUUUAAAGGAUAGCCUCUCUUCUCUCUCCCUGAUAGGAUUAUCCUUCCUGUUUUAGUAUAGUUUUUUGUCGCAUGCUCACUGAAAAAGCACAGUCUCUCGAGAGCACAGGAGGCAGGACGUGAGCUUGACUGCAAGCGCUUUCCAAGUUUAUAUGUUCCAUAAAAGAAUACUCAGCUAUUCUUAUUGUAGACAUAUUGAUGCUGUACAUGCACUGUAGUAUGAAUGAAUGAAACUGUUUACACAAGUGGCAAAAAAGUCUUUUUUAUCAGUCCUUACAGAAACUGAUUCCAAAAAUAAUUAAUUGAUAAAUGAAACCCACCAUUGGUUUUAUUGCAUUAUGCUGUCUAUAUCAGGCCAGUGAAAGUACAAAUUUUGCAUAUUAUCUACCUGAAAAAUGCUGACUGAAUAUUCACUUCUGAAAUGUCUUAAGUUUUCAGUUGUAUAAUUUACACCUCUUCUCUGACAUCAUUGUUAAUUUCUCAUCAGAAUGUGAGAAUAUGGAGUGCAUGUGAGAAUGGAGAAGUUCCAUAACUGUUCUUAGCCCAUUGACCAUUAAUGAAAGAACCACACCAGUGGGGAGUUGCCAGCUGAGAAGGCUUUUAAAAAUGAUUGGCUCAAUGAUGUCAGAAGUGGAAUCAUCAUUUACUUCUUUACUAAAAAUCCUAAUCCGAAACUGUCAGAACAGUUGAACAAUGUGGUAAGAGUCUUUCUGAAUGUUUUGAACAAUUGGAUCAGAACCAUGAAAAUGUUCUUUGGGGAUUCAGAGUUGGUGCUUCUGUUUGUUGCUGCUCCAAAUCUUUGGGGUUUGCAAUUUUGUCGUUUGUGAUAUAUGUAUUGAUUUGAACAAAUAACAUAGUUUGCUGUCGCAUGAAAUGUAAACAUUUUUAAAACAUUUUUUUAGGUAAAUUCAAAAUUGGUACUUACCAACUAACCUGAAUAGAGUACAUUACUGCUGAUAUCUAACACUUGAGAGUGCUGAGCUCAUGUCAUGUACCUUAUGAAGAUUUGAUUGGCUACUGUCACCGACCAUAUAGUGGUGUCCCUCUCUUUCUUUGCUGCCUGGGCAAUGCAUCAGUCACAAUGUAAGAACUGUGAUUAUAAUGUAGCCUCAAAGGGCUUUCCAUGACAGAAAUGUUUAUUUUUUACAUAAAAUGAAACUAUACAAGUACCAUUCUAGGACUGAAUAGAUAUUGAUAAAUAAGAAAUGAUAGAUAUGUAUGUUUUAUACUUAAGUCAUAAAUAACAGUGUGGUCAAUCCAUUUUCAGCUGAAUUGGCUAAUUGCAAGUUAACAUUUUCCAUGGAUAUUAAAAUGUAAAAGUAUUUGACAUGUUCAGCUCUUAGAUACAUCAAACCACGACAUCAGGAGGACGAGUAUAUUGGGUAAUCACUCCAUAUUUACUGUUUGUAAUGCAGGCACCCCUUGAUAUGUUUGUGUUGGUAUUAUGGAUUUGUGCUUGGGAGCACUGACUUUACAUAUUAUAUUAUAACCUGUGACUGCAUUCAAUUAAUUUUUAUCCAUUUGCUUAUUAUCGGUGAAAUAGUUCAUGGACAAAAGUCCAUGGAAAAUAGGACACAGUUCAGUAUUGUGGUGCAUCAGUAAUCUUAUUCUGCUUUGCAUACAGUGUACAAUACAGUGUACAGUGUGCUUUUACGCUACACACAUCAGCUUACUCUGACAAGUAUUUCUCAUCUCAAGACUAGAGUAGAAUAUUUCAAGAUUCAUUUUCUUUGAAUUUAUUUUAAAUUUGUCUAGCAUGGGUGUUUAAAUUACAUAAUGUGCCUUUUUCUCAUUAAAAGAUAUGUCUUCUUAAAACAACGAAAACAUAUCUGGUGAGAGCACAAAAAAGGAAGGCACUUAAGAAACUUUUCCUUAAAAUAAAAAUGACGUAAAUUAAUCCAAUGCAUCUUUAUGUGAUUUGAAACUUGAAUUUAUGCAGAUCAUUCACACUAUUGUUUCUAGUGACCAAUACAUUUGCAACUAUGAAGAACAUCCCCCAUCCCCUCCAAUCCAAAUAUUCCAUUUUAAAACUUGGAUUUUGAGGCAAUGUUCAGAUUAACCUCAACACAGUGGCGUGUGGCAUUGAAAUGUUUGUAAGAAGGUGGAAAGUUUUUGAUCCACUUACUGUAUGUAAUUUGCUUGCCUGCUAUAUUACUGAAAUGUGAAUUAUGUUUGUGUGUGGCUCGUUGACUCCUUACCCCAGUCCAGUCUGUACAGUGCAUAUAGUGUGUGACAUGCUAAGGUGUGGAAAAGAGAGACAAAGAGAGAAAAACAGUAAACAUCCAUGACUCAUGUCUGGGCUUUUUCUUCUGCCUGUGUUCCAUUUCCUCUUAUUAUUUGAGAAGAAUGUUUGUACAAAGCUUUAUUAGCAUUAAGGCAGAAUACAUCAAAGCAGGUACAUCAAAUGCAUAUACAUGUUGUCAUUUUUGUGUAUAUGCACCUGUAUAAAACUAUAUAUAUAUAUAUAUAUAUAUAUAUAUAUAUAUAUAUAUAUAUAUCAGUGUGUGUGUGUGUAUGUGACCAAAAAUAUGUGGAUACCCCUUAGUCCGGGGAUGUGUUUCCUGGUUUGGGCAUUGCCCCUUAGUUCCAGUGAAGGCAAAUUUAAAUAAUAUAUAAAAUAAUCAGUUUUACACAGGUGCAUAUACACAAAAAUAAUAACAUGUAUAUGCAUUUGAUAUAUUAGGACAGUUGUGGCAAAUUGGCAUGUUUUCCUCCGUGCUCAUAAUAUUUGUAUUUCAAAUCAAACAAUGACUAUGAGGCAAAAUUCAGAAUGUCUACAUUUAUUUCAUGACAUUCUGAUUCUGGUUCAUGAUGCAAUCCUUUGAGAUGCUCUGCCAAGCUUUUACCCCUGUCUCUUUCAGUUGCUAGGUGUUUGCAGGGGUUUCAAACCUGUGUCACGUCAAAAGCUUCCACCUUUUCUUCCUGAUAAGCUCCUUGAUUAAGUUUGCUGUAUGUUUUGAGUCGUUGUCUUGCUGCAUGAUAAACUUCCGUCCAAUGAGUUUGGUGUCAUUUCUCUGAAUUCUGGUAUACAAUAUGUAUCUCUGUCAUUCUGUUGCUGCCAUUACUGUUUACUUUAUCAAUAAAGACCACUCAACCGGU